CACCGGACCAACGAAGUCGCCUUCACGAGAGCAACUGAGCCUUGCAAUAGCAUUUCGACACACAUCUUGUCAGCUGAUCUAAGCAAGAUCAUUAUCGCCGUAGGAGAGGGGUCCGGCUAUCGCAAGCCGUGCAGCUCAUGCUCUUUGGCCGUGAACAUGUCUCCUCAACAUCAUCCAUGCGCCCUUCAAGUAAGCGGUUAUCCGAAUAGACGGUGUCGAUAUUGGACAGGCAUGAAGUACGGUAUAGCGCCUUGCUAAACAUUCAUCGAUCAACCCGACGACGACUGCAUUUCAAGAUUUAGAAACAGCACCUAUGGCGGGAAUAUAUAUGUCAGAGGACAAGUUCACGAUGGAGGAUAUGAUGGAAAAAGACCCUACGCUCGAAGUCAAUGGCAUACCAGACCAGGCCAAUGGACCCAGACCUGAUCCUCCACAGCGAAAUGGAGAGCCUCGACCACCAGAUUGGAUACCACUGUACAGAAAGCCGAUGCGGACGCCGACACGGAAAUUGCGAAUUGCUUGUAUAGGAGCUGGCAUCUCAGCGAUGAAUCUGGCUUACAAGAUAUAUCAUGAAUGGCACGACGUAAUUGGCGAAUUCACUGAACUUGUUAUAUACGAAGCAAACGAAACAUUGGGUGGAACGUGGCUUGUCAAUACCUACCCAGGAGUGGCGUGCGAUGUUCCUGCCCACAUUUACACUUUUCCGUUUGAACCGAAUCCCAAUUGGAGCGCAUAUUAUGCCUCGGGUGGAGAAAUCUUAGAGUACUUCAGGAAGACCGUGGACAAGUACGACCUCGCACGCGACGUCAAAUGUGGCCAUCGCGUUUCAUAUGCACAAUUUCACGAGGACGAAGGCAAAUGGCAUCUGAAGGUGGAAACCAAGUCUGGCACAGUAGAAGAUACUGCCGACGUUUUCGUCUCUGCUGUAGGCUUCUUGAGCAAAUGGAGGUGGCCAGAUAUUCCUGGACUCGCAGACUUCAAAGGAUCGAAAAUGCACUCCGCCGACUGGGAUCCGAGCUUUGACUACACCGGCAAGCGAAUCGCAGUCAUCGGCAAUGGUUCCAGUGCCAUACAGAUCCUUCCUCAAAUGGUAGAGAGAGCAUCCCAUCUCACAAACUUCAUCCGAAACCCAACAUACAUAACUCCAGGCCUAGGAUCCGGCAUUAUCGGAGGACAGACACAAUACUACUACACCGAAGAAGAAAAACAAACAUUUCGCGAAGAUCCAGAAGCACUGAAAGCCUACCGCAAGAAAAUCCAAGCCGGCUCCAAUCGCGCCUUCGACAUGUUCGUCAAGAAUUCCGAAGCCCAAGAAUCCGGCCGAAAAGCCACAGCAGAACAAAUGAAGCAAAAACUUGGCGGCGACGAAGAAUUAGCCCAGAAGCUCAUACCAGACUACGAAGUCGGCUGUCGACGCAGUACGCCAGGACCAGGUUAUCUCGAAGCCUUCAAACGCUCCAACGUCUCCCUAAUCACAACCCCCAUAAAAUCCAUCACUUCAACCGGAAUCCUCACAUCCGACGACACACACCAUGACUUGGACGCCAUAAUCUUCGCAACAGGCUUCGACGUAUCCCACAAACCCCCCUUCCCGCUCAUCGGCCGCAACAAAAAAUCCUUGGCAGACUACUGGGACCCCGAACCAAUGUCAUACCUAAGUCUUUGCGCCUCAGGAUUUCCUUCAUUUUUCACGUUCAGUGGACCGAAUGCGCCCGUUGGACAUGGAAGUCUGAUGGCGGGCUUGGGUUGGUCGGCGGAGUAUAUCUGUAAAUGGAUACAGAAGAUUGCGGAAGAGGAUAUCAAGUAUGUGGAUGUGAAGCAGGAGGUUUUGGAGGAGUUUAAUACGUAUAGUGAUGAGAUUAUGCAGACCCUGGCUUGGAGUGGAGGGUGUCAGUCGUGGUAUAAAAAUCAUCGAAAGAAUGGGAAAGUUACUGCUGUUUGGGCCGGCUCAGCCAUCUCUUACCACGACAUGAUCUCCAGUCUGAGGCCCGAAGAUUUUAAUAUUGUGUAUCGGUCCAGAAAUCGAUUCAGAUUCAUGGGAAAUGGGAGGACGAAGAGGGAAUAUGACCCUGAGGCUGAUUUGGCGUGGUACUUGAAGAAGUGAUGCAGUAAACCAGGAACCGUUGGCCGCUCGAGAUCGUGGUCGUGCUGCGAGUGGGGCAGGCAAGAGCUCGCAGGCGUAGAGUCGUAGACCUGAUGGAGCCGAGUUCGUAUACCUGCAAUGUGUAGAAGGAAUUGUACUCGCUCGAUGAUGCGAUCGUGUCGUAAGAGGGCCACGCAAGAGCUCAAGGGUGUAAAACGAAUACUGCGAUGGAGUUGGACUCGCUUUCAAACGCACGCUGCAUCAAAUUC